AUGAAUAUGCCGUGCACAAUACAUGAUCCAUCUUUGUGUGUUUAUAUUGGAAAUAUCUCGUCAAUCGAUGAGCAAUCUUUGUUAACUUAUUGUGCAAAAUUCGGAACAAUACUUUCGUGUUCAAUUGGAAAUUGUCCAGAUGAACAACGAUCUUUUUGUGACUUUCGUUUUGUUGAGUUUACAACCAAACAAGAUUUCGAUGCAUUUCUUAACUUUCCUCAACAUGGAAUCGAUUCCAUCAAACUCGAUGUGAAGACUUAUGCGAAUCUCUUGAAGAAUUUCGAACUUUUGAACAUCGAUCGUAAAUUAUUCGUUGGGCCGAUUAUCUACCAGAAGGAUAUUAAAACAGUUACACAAUUUUAUAAAACUAUCGAUCCAUCUUUAUGUCAUUGCUUGUCUCGACAAACAGAUGAAGUUUAUAUUUUGAUCGAAUUCUCAAGUCGGCAGUAUCUUCGAACGAUAAUUCAACAACAGACGAUACCAAAAACAAUUGAUAAUCAAAUCUUUACGAUUCAUGCAGCUGUACAUCCAAAAGAUCACAUUCUGGUAGCGGGAAAACUUCGGGUUCAUGGUUUAACAGAGAAAAUCUCCGAGGAAAUAUUGCUUGAGUAUUUCAAUAAACGCGCACAUGUUCUUACAUGUCAUAUCGUUCCGGAUGAUCCCAAAUGUGCAAUAAUUGAAUUCGAUGAUGCAAAUACCGUCGACAAACUUCUCGAAACACCUAAACUGCGUUUACACGGAGCAAAUCUUCUGCUCAACAAAGUCCAGGAUGAUCUUCACUCAACAUCACCGAGUAAUGAUGAUAAAUUCUCCGAACCAGCAUCACCAGAGAUUAGCGAAUGUAGUUGGACGUCGCCUCCUCGAGCUGUUGUAAACCAGUGUCCCUUGCCGAAGUCGGUGGUGACAACGAUGGAUGUUGCUGAUGAAAUCGAUAUGAAACCAGCGAAAGGUCUUUUUGAACGAUUUGCAAAUGAAUUCGAACAGAUUAGAAAUGAAUACACGAAAAAGUUCAAUCAAGAUCGAAUUCUAAUUGAACAGGAAUUGAAUCGAAUUGUCAACGAAGAACGAAUCAUUGUGGAAAAGUUUGAGUACAGUCGUAUGUGA